CCUUUCCCAGCCUCAAUCCCAACAUUCUUCAGCCACUCACAUCGCCGCGGCCGCCGGGAGAAAACGGGGAUAGAUAGGAUCAGCAGUGCCUCGACAGACGCUUUUGUCGACAAAAUCCCUUUGAACGAUUCUCUCCGUUUUUGCAAACGACAAACCUCUCGUGCACAUAACGGCGGUGUUGUAUUUUAGGAGGUCGGCAUGGAGGAGCACACGGCGUUUCUGCUGUUACUGGUGGCGACCUUGACGCUUUCAUCUGAGGUGCCUUUGGAUGACUCGGUGGGUUUGCUAACUGAGCCCCAGGUGGCCAUGUUCUGCGGGAAGCUCAACAUGCACAUCGAUGUACAGACUGGGAAAUGGGAGUCCGACCCCUCAGGCUCCAAGAGCUGCAUCGGCACCAAGGAGGGCAUCUUGCAGUACUGCCAGGAGGUGUACCCAGAGCUACAGAUCACGAAUGUCGUAGAGGCCAACCAACCUAUCAGCAUUCCAAACUGGUGCAAGAAAAGCCGCAAGCAGUGCCGCAGUCACACACACAUCGUGGUGCCCUACCGCUGCCUGGUUGGAGAGUUUGUCAGCGAUGCUCUGCUUGUUCCUGAUAAGUGUAAGUUCCUGCACAAGGAGAGGAUGGAUCAGUGCGAGAGUCACUUGCACUGGCACACUGUAGCCAAAGAGUCUUGUGGAGACCGUUCCAUGAAUCUCCAUGACUACGGGAUGCUGUUGCCAUGUGGAAUUGACCGUUUCCGAGGGGUGGAGUUUGUGUGCUGCCCAGCGGAGGCGGAACGUGUCAUGGACAACACAGAACAAGAAGGGGAGGAGUCUGACGUCUGGUGGGGCGGGGCUGACGCUGAAUACGCCGACAACAGCAUGACCCGUCCAGCAGACACAGAACCGGCCACCACAGAGGACAACGAAGACGUUGUUCAAGAGGAGGAAGACUUUGAGCAGGAUGACAACGGAGAUGGCGAAGAAGACGAUGAUGAGGACAUUGAUGUGAUCGAUGAACGCGAAAGCAUUGAUGAGCGCAACGCUAACAUUGCCAUGACGACCACUACCACCACCACUACUGAAUCUGUUGAGGAGGUUGUGCGAGCGGUGUGUUGGGCUCGCGCUGAGUCGGGCCCGUGUCACGCCAUGCUGCAGCGUUGGUACUUCAUGCCUGAGAAGGGCAGAUGUGCUCCCUUCUUAUUCGGGGGCUGCGCGGGCAACAGGAAUAACUUUGAGUCGGAGGAGUACUGCCUUGCUGUCUGUAGCAGCUCGUUACCCACCGUAGCCCCCAGCCCUCCAGAUGCCGUGGAUCAGUACCUGGAGUCUCCCGGUGAUGACAAUGAACACACAGAUUUCAGGAGGGCCAAAGAAAGCCUGGAGGCCAAACAUCGUGAGAAAAUGUCCCAGGUCAUGAGGGAGUGGGAGGAAGCGGAGAGACAGUCCAAGAAUCUUCCUCGUGCUGACAAAAAAGCUGUCAUCCAGCACUUCCAGGAGAAGGUGGAGGCUCUGGAGCAGGAGGCAGCAGAGGAGCGACAGCAGCUGGUGGAGACUCACAUGGCCCGGGUGGAGGCUCUGCUCAACAGUCGCAGACGCAUGGCUCUGGAAAAUUACCUCAGCGCUCUACAGGCCAAUCCUCCACGGCCCCGACAGGUGCUGAGCCUGCUGAAGAAGUACGUACGUGCAGAACAGAAAGACAGGCAGCACACACUGAAACACUACGAGCAUGUUCGCACAGUCGAUCCUAAGAAGGCAGCUCAGAUCCGACCUCAGGUUCUGACCCACCUCCGUGUGAUCGAUGAGAGGAUGAAUCAGUCAAUAGGUCUGCUCUACAAAGUCCCCAGUGUGGCUAAUGAGAUCCAGAAACAAGUUGCAAUCGUAGUGCAGCGAGUUCAGUCUGAGCUCUCCCAGCAAGUGUCCUCCCUGCAGAGCGACGGGCGGGUGGAUGGUCGGGUGAGUUAUGGUAACGAUGCCCUGAUGCCGGAUCAGACCUACAGCUCUGCUCCUCUGGAUCCCGGUUUGGACGGACUGGGCUUCAGUCAUCCGGAGAGCUUUAAUCAACCAAACACAGAGAACCACGUUGAGCCCGUAGAUGCUCGUCCUAAUCCAGACAGAGGAUUCCCAACGAGACCUGUUUCUGCCCUGAAUCCGGACGUUCGUAUGGAGAGUAAAGACAGACAGAGCGCCGGUUAUGAAGUUUACCACGAGAAACUGGUGUUUUUCGCUCAAGACGUGGGGUCCAAUAAGGGGGCUGUUAUCGGGCUCAUGGUUGGAGGCGUUGUCAUAGCAACUGUCAUUGUCAUUACUUUGGUGAUGUUGAGGAAGAAACAGUACACGUCCAUCCAUCAUGGCGUGAUUGAGGUGGACGCGGCGGUGACACCAGAGGAGCGCCACCUCGCCAAGAUGCAGCAGAACGGCUACGAGAACCCCACCUAUAAAUUCUUUGAGCAGAUGCAGAACUGAAGAAUAUUUAACCCGACAUUUGAAACCACCUUUUCUCAUCACCCUCCUGGUAUUUUUACUAAUCUGAUCAUUGGCUCCUACACGUCUCAGCCCCUACCCUGUUGAUGCUAAAAAGGCUGUUGGGUGGGGGAGGGGGCUUCACAGAUUUUACUCUUUCAUAUUAAAUAAAUGAUACAUUUUUGCAUGACAGUCAAGAGGUUUGGGCCAAAGAAAACAGGCAUGGAACAAAACCUUUUUAUCCUUUUCUUUGCUUGAUUGUACAGAGCUAAAGUUUCUCAUCAGCUGGUUAGACAAGGGUAUGCUGAUUUACCUGCACGUGUUAGCCAAUCACAGUCCUUCAUUGUGCUGUUGCUAUGAGAUGACUGCCCUCACAGCUGAGACGAAAACGUGUCCAACUGCCCCUCACACUCCCUCAUUUGAUGGGGACUCUGAGCUCCUCACUGCACGACUGAAGGGUUUCAAGUAUGUUUUACAGAAAAGGAUUUAAAAAAGAAAAAAUAUAUAUUCAAUCAAAAUAUAUAAAAGCUGAAACACAUUUAAUGUUUGUUUUUCUAUGUGUAAUAUAUUAAGACGGAGAUUAGCUGUAAUUAAAUGUAGUGCAUGGCAAUAUUGAUGACUGAGAGUUGUGUAUGUGGAAGUUCCUCAGGAGGGAAGGCGGUCCUCCAGGUAUUUUAGCAGGAUUGUAUAUUUUAGUGUCUACUUUGUGAUCUUGUGAUAUGAAGAAAGUAAGUAUUCAGACAGUUGUUUUGUCGUUGCACAGACUUGCUUUGACUGAACCUUUCUGCUCAUCUCCGUGCUUCACCGUUGCGUCGGCUGCAUGGGCAAAUCGCUCGGGUCUGUAAAACAUGAUUAGAACCCAAAAGGAAGUUUAUCGUCUUGCUGUUUGCGCUCUAUGCACGCUGUCAUUUCAGAAGUCUGAUUAUUAUCACCAAAUAUUAAGAUUGUUGUUAUUUUGAUGCCAACUGUUUCACUGCACUUUUUUUUUUAAUUAAGCUUUAGACAUCUUUUUUAGGAAAGCGUAUCAUUCCAGAUUUAACUCUGCUCAUCAAGAUUGUAAAUAUUUCAGCUGUUCCAUGUUCAUUUCCAGUUCAUGUGUCUCUAAACCCCCCAAAGUUCUCAUGUUUAUUCUCCUUUAGUCACGUUGUACAGUGCAGGAGUCCUUGUGUUAGGUCUAGUUUUCAUACAUUCCUUCACUAAAUCACACUAUUUUUCUACAUUUGCUGUGUAAACAUGUACAGUGCUUCUAUUUAUCCUGUGGUGAAUAUUUAUUUACCCGCCUAUUUGUUGUCUAGUCUGUCAUAGUUCACAAGAGGCAGCAAAUGUCCCCAUCUGACUCCAGUGAGAGAAAUGUAAAACCCUUUCUGUUAAACAUGAAUGUGACAUGCAUAUUCUGCAUUCUUAUUGAUACAACACAUAUCACCUCAGCAAGUGUACAGACACCAACUGAAGCUCUUAAUCAGACGAAUGUUUAAAUAUUUCUUUUCCUGUCUGUAGUUUCAUGAAACAUUUAGAGUAAAAGGCUUUCUACACCACAUACCAUGAAUAAAAUUUGAAUGUACAUAUUAA